CCUCUGCGGUUGAGAGAGGGAAAAAAAGUAAGAGCAAGGCGUGCGCAUCUUGAGCUGCUUUGCCGCGUCUCUUCCUCCACAGCCUUUUGUGUAUCAAACUCUCAUAUGUGACCUAUCAAUAAUUCAGUUGUGCGCGAGCCAGACGGAGCUCGCCCCCCGCAUCACUACCGCCACCACCCACUCGCCAAGCUCCAGCAUCUCUACCUCCGCUGCGCUACCCGCGCUAUGACCGCUUGUUCCGCGUACACACACCUUGGCCCCGCUGCACCGCGACGCACACUCCGCUCCUCUACUCCAAGUCACUGAGAAGCUACGGACGAAAAGUUUGAAGUCAAGGCAGACGUGCCGGGAGAGUUCUUUUGAGUUUGCUUGACUUUGGAGGGAAACUGGGCACACCCCACCCGUGGUCCUUUCCCUUCUAAAGUGGAAUAAAAGCCCCGCUUCCAAGUCGUCGAUUGCGGCUCCGGGUAUGUUGGCGUUUUGCCUGCUGAGUGCCGUGUGGCUCGCGACGAGCCCGAGCCCGAGCCGCGCUCAGAACGAGACGGAACCGAUCGUCCUGGAGGGCAAGUGCCUGGUGGUGUGCGACUCCAACCCGACGUCCGACCCCACGGGCACCGCGCUGGGCAUCUCGGUGCGCUCGGGUAGCGCCAAAGUAGCCUUCUCGGCCGUCCGGAACACCAACCACGAGCCUUCGGAAAUGAGCAACCGGACCAUGGUCAUCUACUUUGAUCGGGUUCUUGUAAAUGUCGGGCGGAAUUUUGAUGAAGAGAGAAGUAAUUUCAUUGCACCGCGAAAAGGGAUUUACAGUUUUAACUUUCACGUAGUGAAAGUCUACAAUCGCCAAACAAUACAGGUGAGCCUAAUGCACAAUGGAUGGCCAAUCAUCUCGGCCUUCGCCGGUGACCAGGAUGUUACCCGCGAGGCGGCCAGCAAUGGCGUUCUGAUCCAGAUGGAGAAGGGAGACCGGGCCUACCUCAAACUGGAGAGAGGAAAUUUGAUGGGGGGAUGGAAAUAUUCUACCUUCUCUGGCUUCCUGGUGUUCCCCAUGUAGAGAAGAAUAGUGGAAGAGAAGCAGGGGAGGGAAAAGGAGGAGGUUGACGGAAGUACAAUGAAGAGGCGUCAAGAUGAAGGGACGUGGGAAAGAGAAAAUAUCGGAUAGGAAGUUAUGACGGACUUCUGUUUGGGAUGCCACUGAAGAGUUUCCAAGUGCGGCCAUCUUCACUUCCCUUCAUCUUUAAAUCCAACCACUUCUCCUUGUGCUGCUCACCGAAGGGUCAAAUUAUUUUUUUGUUUUCAUUGUCCACUCCAUAAAAUAAUAUAGGAAAACAUGAGUGUUUCAAAGCCAGACUCCCUGUUUGUUCCCUUCAUUCCAUCCACAACUUUCAGGAUUUUUUCUUUUCAUCCUUUAGCUCAUUGACUUUUUUCUACUCAUUGCUGGUGGUGAAGUUUUGGAAAAAACAAGGUAACACUCCCGAUCAUGUCCAUGCACAUUUUUCCCCUCCUAUUUGUUUGUAUCAUAGAAAUUGUCCUUUUCCCCCUGGAAGCCCUUUCUUCGUCCAACACAGCUUCAGUCAGCUUAACGUCUUUGACAACAUAUUCUCCAUCAUCAUUCUGCUGCAACUGACAGUAAAACACACAAAUGCCAAGUUAAGAUGGAGGCUGUUAAUCAACUGGAAUGUUUUGCGCAAAUAAAAUUCCAAAUAAGAUUCCAAACUGCUGCAGAACAUUCGACAAGUUUGUCAUUGUUCAUAAAGACUUUAAGGCUCCUGUUUAGCUUUACCUUCAUCCGACCUCCCUCUUCCUCCUCCAUGAGUGGUCCAUGUCAUCUUCUUGCCAACCACCACCCCACGUGUACUUUUAUCUGCUGCUGUACUUGUUUGCCUCCUCGCACGGACUAAUCCUCGCUUUACUUCGACGUCAGACUUUGGACUCUCAGACAUUCAAAAGUGACAAUAUACAAAAUAUGAUACAGAAGAUCCAACCUACUAUUUCUACUGCUACUAUGGUGAUAAUGAUGAUAACCAUAAUACCCAAUCUGGCUGAUGACUAUGUCUGUAUAUCCUUUAUUUCAAUGUUAACCGAAAGAGAAAAUAUACUAAGGGACUCUUCUAGUGACUUUGUGUGGGAAUCUGGGCUGCUGUUCUUCUCUUUGCUUCUUGUUUUUUCUUUUUGUUUUUAGUUCAAACUAAACUGUGGCUAAAAAGCCCAGAUAAUGCAUACAUAAUACAGUAUAUUAACAGAAGUUAAUAAAGUAUCAUUAUUAUUAUGAUAAAUAAUUAUCUUGGCUGUAAAUUACAUGUGAAUACUUAGACUAUCAAAAUGUUGAUUUAUCUCUAAAUCAAAUGUAUUUAUUAUAUACCGUUUUUGUUAAUUUCUCUGCUCUGGUAUCAAUAAAAUUAAAUGUAAUUUUA